AUGAAGAUCAGGGAUGUAUUUGCUCAAUGGAGUACGACCCUGUAUGCGGAACGGAUGGGAAGACGUACAGCAAUCGCUGCCAAGCGGAGUGUGCAGGCGUUGAUGUCCUGGUGGAAGGAGGUUGUACAGAGAAAAAGGAUAAAUCCAAGCAAAAACAUUAAAAGCAGCAAAAACUGA